CCUCGCUGCUUUUGUCUUCGAAGGUCGUUUGUAAUUUUCUGCGGCAGUCAAAUCUGUUGAAUUUCCCCACAACACGACUGGUUAGGCCGUUAAGAAUUAAGACACGUCACAAGGGCACUGGCUUUUGUUUUAAAUGUAUUCCUUCGAGCCAAGUGUCAGGCGCGAGAUGCAAUUCCGGCUUUGGGACCGGAAUAAUAUAGGAAAUAUUGAUGUUGAAAUAUUAUUCUGAAGUGAUUUUAAGGUGUCGACCUCUUUCCCGAGUACAUGCAGGUCGUACCCCAUCGCAGGAGUAGCCAAUGAGCUGCGCAGAGAGCGAGCGUGGCGUUCAGGUGAAGUCCGGACACCUCCGCGUCCAGAGUUGGCUACAGAGACAACGCCCUCAUUCCAAACUGAUACCUACAGUCCUUUAAUACUUAAUCGACAAAUGUUUUCUUUUUCGAUAUACAUAUACAAAGCACGUGCACAUGUACUGACCUGCGCCUAGUCCCAGCCGCCGAUGUGAAAUUGGGGCUGGGGAGGAAUUGUGUCUUUUCACCUGAGGAAGUUUUUCCAAUAGCCCAUAGGCGUACAUUCCGCUUCUGUUGUCGAAGUGGACAGUUUGCCCUUGUUAAAUUGGACGUCGGACGCCUGUGUGUACGACGUUCUGAGACGGAGCCAGUGUGUUUACAGUGAUAAAAUAAAACCACAACAUCUCAUUCAGCCCGCCUGAGCACACGCUUUGUUUAAACACCUGCUUGGGGCGGCGCGGACUCACUGUGGCCGGUUGCCUAGGUAGCCUGCAGCGCGCGUGGCAGUAGGAUAGCGGAAAAAAUGAUUGGGGAGGAGUUCAGCUGGCGGCGCCUUGUGGUAGCCUGCAUCCUCGUCCCUUGUCUUUUUAUACAUGUGUGCUGCAGUGCUAAGAUAAGGUUAAAUGUGAUGAUCUGGUGACUCCAUAGAAAGACAGGAAACGGCAUUAAUCAGCGCCUCGCGCACACAAUGGAGUGAGACAAAGUGCCGACGACAAGCGCAAGCAGUUCUGCUUAUUUAUUUAUUCUAGAUUAUACAUCUCCACGCCUAGAACAGAAACAUCUUCCAGUUGUGGAGGGAAUUAGUCACUUUGGUCGGCUAUUCAGAUGGGCUAUAUAACAAUAAGUGUAUAUAGGCCAAUUGCGAUCUGUGCUUAAUGUAUCUCACAACCUUUUGUGUCCUAAUAGCUUGAGUAGCCUAACUCAAUAAAGAUGCUUGGUUCUAGCAGUGAAACGCCAUACAGCACUGGGGCGAGACUUUUGUUUAAACUAUGUAACACUCGCGUUCAUCUGUCAACCGUGUAUGGCAACUGUGGCAGAUUCUUUCCUGGGGAAAACAGUAGGCUAUCUAACACGCGACUUGUAACCCAGGUUCAGCAUUUAUAACGCUCCGUUAUUUAACGAUUUCCUUUUCAUAUCCGGCGAACAAUGCCAUGGUGGAUAGCUGCCAGAGUGGCUCAACCCAAUUUUUUUAUUGUUCCAGUUCACAAGUCGUUAUCACCCUUUCACUCCUCGGCAACUUAAGCUUCCCAUUUACAGAUACAGUCUAUGCUACCAAAUAUUCUAUAAUAUCUACUGAAAUUAUUGAAAAUGACUGCAAUAAAACACAGAGACACCCACAGUCCAAUUUCAUGAAUAGCUCGCUGACCAGGCAAAUGCAUUUCUCAUUUUUGCGUUUUAUAUACUGUAGCUAUAAAUUUAGGAGCAUUUAUCAGCCUUUGGCAUUCCCUAACGAAUAGGGUUUUCUUUAAAAAAAAUAUUGUUUAAACUUCACAAUAGCGAUUGCAUGGGAUAGGGUGUGUUCCAAAUAAAUGUAAUGUUUCGUAGAUGUAAGGUUAAUAAAGCACAAUGAAGCUUACCCCUUACUAUGUCGAGCGCAAUAUCAUUUAUUGCAGAAAUGUUACACUUUAAGUGGCAUCAUUACACCUAGGGUAGCAUGAAUAACAAUUCCGCCUGCUGCUCCAUGUGCAUUUAUGAAACAAGAUGCGGUCGCAAGUACGGAAUCCUCAGAACCUCGUGCAGUGACGUGGCAAAUGGGCAGUAGUUACAUUGGGACCAUGCAGAAAUCUUAAGCGCAACUUUAUCGCCUGAGAUUAUCACGUUACGGUAAACUAGUUUACACCUUGCAAGUCGCUUGCUCGGUUUUGCCUUGGGACAGUUUUUUUCGUUUUUAUUUCCUAGCUACCGACCACAGUUGCACCGGGCAUCUCUUCCUCCGCUAAGGCUUUACAAACCCUGCCCACUUUUCGCCUGGUUUGCGGAUGACAUCACAGCUUUAAAUAUUCCCCGUUGCCGUUUCCCCUCCUGUCCGCAUCAUCUGUCCCCGAGUCGUGGAGAGGCGACGAAAAGUCCGGAGAGCGAAAGGUUUCCAACAAUGGUUUUGUAGCUAUAGCCAACGAGCUUCUCGAAAACCGGUGAAAAACAGCUUUUGUGAAAGGUCUUUGGUUAGCAGCGCGGCCCGUAUUGUCGCGCGUGCUCGAACCUUCUCCAUUAAAAGCGCAGCGUACUGCUAGAAUCACUGCGAGGUUCCAGCUGGUCAUCCUAACAGCUUGGGGGAAAAAGGCGGUUACUCGAAAACCCUGUCUGGAAAGAAGUGACGGGAGUGCAACAGAGGAAAUUACGGACGAUUCGAAAAAGAGGUUUAUUGCCUUGGAGAAGUGUAUAAACUAAGUUCGCAAUGUCUCUUUCGGUCCCACAGAACGGAGUAAAGGGGGACAACGAGCCAGUUAUCGAGCUCUUUGUGAAGGCGGGGAGCGAUGGCGAGAGCAUCGGGAACUGCCCCUUCUCCCAGCGCCUCUUCAUGAUCCUGUGGCUGAAGGGCGUGGUCUUCAACGUCACCACCGUCGACCUGAAGAGGAAGCCGGCUGAUCUGCAGAACCUGGCCCCCGGCACACACCCCCCCUUCAUCACCUACAACGGGGAGGUCAAGACCGACGUCAACAAGAUCGAGGAGUUCCUGGAGGACGUUCUCAGCCCACCAAAGUACACUAAGCUGGGGGCUCGGCACCCUGAGUCCAACACCGCGGGGAUGGACAUCUUCGCCAAGUUCUCCGCCUUCAUCAAGAACUCCAAACCAGACGCCAACGAGGCCCUGGAGAGAGGGCUGCUGAAGACUCUGCAGAAGCUGGAUGAGUACCUGCGCUCCCCGCUGCCCGACGAGAUCGACCACAACAGCAUCGAGGACGUCCCGGUCUCCACCCGCAAGUUCCUGGACGGAGACGAGAUGACGCUCGCCGACUGCAACCUGCUCCCCAAGCUGCACAUCGUCAAGGUGGUGGCGAAGAAGUACCGCGGCUUCGACAUCCCCAAGGACAUGGCGGGCAUCUGGAAGUACCUGGGCGAGGCCUACACCCGCGAGGAGUUCACCAACACCUGCCCCAGCGACAAGGAGAUCGAGAUCGCCUACGCCGACGUGGCCAAGAGGCUAGUCAAGUAGUCCCCCAGCCUCUGGCCACGCCCCCCCCCUCCAGCCCCGCCCCCCUCAUCAAGCCCCCGCCCCUUCCCCCCACCCCCCCGCCCUACUCAGUUAGCACUGGGACAUGAGAUACAAACGACGCGUGUAUCAGACAACAUAAUCUCUCUCUCUCUCUCUUUCUCCUCUUUUAGAAGCAUCAUAAAGAGAUAACCAUUGCAUGAUUGCUUUUGUUUUCCUCGAGAUUUUAUGCUGUUAGUGGAAAUCCAUUUUACCCCUUCCCCCUUUUUUUCUUCAGUUUUUUUUUUUUUUGGCUUUUAUUUUGGAGUGGGACAGGACAAGCAAUAAGAAGCUGCCAAAGGUGUUAUUGCAUAUCAUGGUCUACCCACAAUGCACUGUGCCUUUUGUUGUGGAAUUUACCCCCUGCUACAGCCAGCUCAGUUCAGCGCCCUUUGCCCAUCUACAGAGGGCUGAGGCUGCAAUUUGGGGGUACCCCCACCCCACUUUUUGUGAUGAAAAAGCUCAUGUAGAUCCUCAAAGAAAGCGCUUGACAAGUUUAGAGAGGUGCAUUCAGGAAAAUUUUGCUUUUUUUUUUUUUUUUUUUGCCUUAAUCAAGGACAAUUACUUUUUUUUUUUUAAAGUGCGCUUCCCUUCUUCCUCCUCAUCCUCAGUGUUUUGGAAUAAGUGAUGGCAGGUAUGCUGUUGCCGUAGAUACACUGAGACCUGGAGUGGGGAAGGAGGGAUAACUGGGCAGGAAGAGAAGAAGAAAGAUGAGUGGGCGCAGACCCCUCUCCUCCUCGAGCCUGGGAUCGGCAGGACCCCUGUCCUCGAAGCUCUGAUACCUGCUCUGCGGUAACCCAUUGGAACACUGUAGCGAAAACGCAAAUGAAGUUUAUAGAUGAAGUCUGGCAGUGGCACUCUCGUCCAUCGACAGCUAUAAAAGCUUUGCUAUAUUAAUGAUAUAGAUGAUGUAGCUGGAAAGGAAAGUGUUAAUGUUUUCACUGAAGUAAAAAAAAUAAAUAAAUAAAAACCUCAAACCAAGGGGGUUUAGCUUUAGAAUUGUGGGAUAUAAUAUUGUAGUGAGGUGGGAGGGGUUGUAAUAAGCUUCAGACUUCCAUCUCAAAGGUAUAGUGACACAUUUAAUUUGGUUCUGACAACCAAAAGAUGUCUAUUUUACCACCUGCUUGGUGUUGCACCUCUCCUCACCCAUCUCUCUCUCUCUCUCUCUCUCUCUCACUCUCUCUGUCUCUCUCAUUCUCUCUCACCCUCCCUCCCUCUCUCUGUCAUAUGGAUUUCAUAUAUGAAGGGAACUACCAUGCUCACAUCGCACUAGACUGCAGUAGUUUAUAUUUCUUCACAUAAGAGCGGAGGGGUGGCAUAGAAAAGGCUUCCAUUUCCCCGGCCUUGAGUGAGUUGUGUAUUUUUUUUUUUUUUUUUUUUUAAACUGUGGAUGGAGUGACUCCUGCUGUGGAACAGAGGAAAUUUAAGCCACGUGCCUGAGCGUCUCCCCCGAGCGCAUUGAUUGGCUUACCGGUAACACUAGCGCGCGGGCGGAAUUACCCUAAAGAUGGCUACCGGGAGGAGGGGAGUAACCAGAGAAUGUUAGUGCCUUGAGUACAGCCACUGGCCUUGGUUUCUCCGCUAUCUUCGUCGGAACAACCCUCAGAUUAGCCGAAUGUACUCGACGACAGUUCUCGAUAACAUUAAAAAAUGAUGCUUUGUUUAAUUUAUUUUAUUUUCAUUCUUUUUUUAGGUUGAUUUCCACCCACCCCCUCACUGUUUCCUUACCCCAGACGUUUAUGUUUUAAUUAAAUGUUAUAAAAAGAAGGAAUAGAAGAAAAAAAGGAAUUGUAAAUAUUUUGUUUUGAGUGUUCAUAAAAAAAAGUUUGACAAUUUUUAUACAUUCAUUUGAUUUGAAGGAGGGGAACUAAGACCUUUUUACACGCUUCUGGGGUUUUGUAUUAGAUUAAAAAAACGUCUGUUCAGGACGUGUUCGACGUGUUCCAUGUUUCGUUUAUUUUACUUGCAGUACAGUUUUCAUUUGCCAUUCCAUUACAGUUUACGUAAAUUUCAAACAAAAGACACAAGCGAUGAUUGUGGCCUAUUUUUGUUCGUUUGGUUUACUAUUUUGACAGUAUUGAAAGAAACCUCUAAUUGGCAUCUGAUAACUCACUGACUCCUGAAACGACAAAUUCCAAACUGCCGGACACCUUUCCGACUUCGAUGUGUCCCACCCCAUCCCUCAAGUCAAAUGAAAGCAUGUGACAGACAGGUGCUUGGUAUAGGUAGGUUUAUGCUGCCUUUUGGGUGUUCGCAAAACCUUUAAGCAAAUUUUCUCUUCGGGCAAACUUUAGCACAUACAACUUCCCCACAUAAUGGAACGGGUUUACUCAGCCGCUUCGGGGAAGAUGCUGGUGGUCGAGACCGAGGGAGCGGUUUGAAACCCGAUCAAGAUCCCCGUACAAUGUGUUAUAGUGUUGCAGCAUAUCAAAAUAUUUAAAAAGAAAAACCGCGCUCACAUUUCUGUAACAUCCUAAACUUGUGGGGGGGGUUUUUUUGCGCAAGCUUGGGAAAAGUGUCUCCCCUUGUGUGCCGUCACGUCUCCGCCACGCGAGUGCCUUUCAAAGUAACGGAACGAGGGAGUCUCACUCGGCUGGUCGAAGUGAAAAUCACCACUUAAAAGGAAUUAUAAAAAACAAAAAAACGGAUGAUGAGAGCGUUUUUAGAAACCAACACUGCAAGCAUCAUACUCUGUGGAAUUUAUAAUUAUUUAGAUAUCAGUUUCUUGUUUUGUGUCAUACUAACUUUCAAAUAUACGCAUUUACACCUGUUUUUACUGAUAUCCUGCCGUUUAUUUACUGCGCGUGCUUCAUAUGCUUUUGUGCCAGUGUAAAAGUGUGGUGUUAUGCAGUGUACAUCUGCUGUGAUCAGCACUUUUUUUCUGGUAUAUCCAUAAACCGCUGGCAGCUAACAAUAAAAAUAUAUAUUUUCACUAUC